CCUCAAGACCUCAACAGGCUCAACUUCCUCUCAGAACUGUCAGAAGUUCUAUUUCCUUGAAAGAAUGGAGAAUUAUGAAACAAUUGCAUCAUUGAUGCUGGAUGAACUCACACUAGAAGUACAAGCUCCUGCCAGCAAGGAUUUUAUGCCAGGACUCAUACUUAGUUGGUCAAAAAGCUCAGCCCGGAGAGAUGAACAGAAAAGCUCUAAAAUGUUACUCUCAAAAUAUAGUAGGUCUGCUUUGCUGUUCGAGAGUAACUUGACUGCCACUUUUUGUGAGGCAAUUUUGUCAGCUGGCAUUGCAAAGUCGCAAUCAGAUUCUCAGGAAGAGCUUCCAGGAUCGCAUAUUAUAUCCUCCGUAUUUAUUUUAGUUGAAACUGGGGACCUGUUGCUUGCAAUCUUCACAGGUCUCAGAUGUCAACUUCUCUGUCUAGGGAGAGUACCAUGUGACAUUGUGACCAUUGAUACAAUGCAGGUGUGUGAGAAGAUCUUGCUGUGUGUAUCACACUCCAAUGGAGCUCUUCACUUAUUAGACCCCACAAGGAGAAUUUCUGAAGGUGCUGAUCCCACAAGUGAUGGCACAUAUCCAUGGAAAGCCUUGUCACUCGACACAAGGGUCCUAGCAGCUUGCACGGUAUUGGAUGCCCUAGUUACUUCUGAUGGUUACACCAUCUCAAUUCAUCACUUCAAAUUAAAGAAAGUUGAGGAUACUAUAACUAACAAGUGUAGUUGCUUGUCAUGCCAGGAUAUUGAAAGCAAGUGCGAAAAUAUCGAUUUCCCAGGAGUUAUUUCUCUGAAACGCAAUGCUGGAAACGUGCAAAUGAUCACAGUUGAUGGGAGGCGUUAUGAUAUUUCGUUAGAAAAAUUAAUGAAAAUCUGUGAGGCUCGAUCCAGUGAAAAACGUGACAGCGGCUGCAAUAUUCCCUUACAAAACACAUUGAUAGAAAUGCAAGAAGUCUCUGAAUUAAUAACCAAAACUCACAAGGUUAGUGAAGAACUUAACGCUUAUAUCCAGCAGUUCAAUUUAGCUCAACAUCUUCUGAACUCGUCGGCAUCUGUCACAGAAAAUUUGUUCGACAUCAGCUACGAAGUAUGCCCUUGCUUUGACCCUGACCACGAUUACAAAUUAGAGAUCAAAUUAACAUCAACAGAGCAUGUGAUGAAGGGACGAUGGUGGCGCGCUCGCUUGGGUGUUCCUGAUGGCGACACAACUCGUCAUGUCACUGGAGGAUUAGGCGAUUCCAGCCAUACAUUCUCUAUUAGGUUAUCUGUAGCGGAGGCCAUGCGACUUACCCUGUUGUCAUGUGAGGACGAGAGCCAUCGCUUGCUUAAAGUUGAUCUUAUUUUCAUGGACCUUCAGUGCGGUAGUCCUCUGGUGUGUAUCUCCAUUAAAAAAAUUAUGCUCGGCGUUUGGAAGUUUCUGACAGAAAAGCGAGAGGUGAAAGCUGCUACUGAGGAAAGCAGCUCACUUUUCCGUCAUUUAGUCGACAUGGCAGGUGUUGAGAAACCUCAUAAACUCCCAAAGGCAGGCAUCACGCACGAUUUUUCAUUAAAAUUACAUCAUUCUAGCACAUUGCUUAGGAAAAUCUCUAGUUUAAUUGGAUGUGGGGGAAACCUUAACGAGUCUGCGAAUAAAUCCUUAAGUAAAUGUUUAUAUUUUGGCUGUGAAUCUGUCGUAAUUAGGCUUUCUUCUGCGCCAAAUUUGUUACAUGUUCAGAUAUCGAGCUCCUCAGCUGCUGUAGCGGUAACUUUAAGGAAAGAUUUAGAACAACUAGCUUCCCUAAAUGAUCCGUCUAAAGACCGUGACGAAGUAGCGAUCACUUCCGAUUUACUACAAGAUGUUCAGUUCUUCCAGUGCUUGCUAGACUCGUCAGUUGACCGUUCGUGUCAAGCUAAAGAAGUGCGGACGUUCUACAGCAGGUUGCACGAAAUUGCUGCUACCUUGCCGACUUGAUAUUUCUUAACAGAGCCGGUCAGUUACUGUGUAAUGGAUGUCAUUAAUAUUGAUCUGUUUUCAUUGUUAACGAUUCGUAAAUCUGUAACGAUUUUAUGCAGAAAACGAGCAUUAUACGUCUAACGUCU